UGACAACAAACAUGGCGUCGGCGACAAAGCUCAUUCAGUGGCUGCGGAAUUUUGCGGCGGGGAGGAAUCUCCAAACUAAGUUGCAGCUUCGAUACACUGAAAUUGCUUCCAGAAGCCCACCCACACCAAAACUCCCAGUUGGCCCCAGCCAUAAAUUCUCAGAUAAUUACUACUGCCUGCGAGAUGGUCGUCGAGAGACAUCUCCACCUACAAUUAUAUGGUCAUCACAGAAAGCAUUAGAAGCAGGAACACAAGCAACCAGCAGUGAAAGCACUGUAGCAACCACCGGUGUUAAGAAACCAGUUCAGCCUGGACAGCCAGUCAAGAUGAAACUUUCCACUGAUCAACCUUAUCUGUGACCGUAAUAGGACGUGAAUGUGAACUGUGACACUUUAUAUGUGGUGUUGUCUAAUGGAAAGUGUUGGAGCUACUGGAGUUACAGCAUCAGAUAUCCAUGUGGAAACACUGCUGUUCUGUCACAUUUUGGGUUAAUGAACUGUUUGUGUAAAUUGACUCAGUAAACAUUCAUGUUAAUAAACAUCAUGUGUAAAAUUGUUUAAAACUGUAGCCAUACUUUUUGUGUGAACAAGCAUUUUAAUUCUUGUUCUUGCUUAUAACCCUUGAAGAUAAUAAGGAUCAAGAUUUUACUUUUUUUUAGUUUUACAUUUGAAAUGUUAAGUUGCUUAUCAAGACAUUAUUCAAAAGUUGUAAUUUCUAUUUUCAGUGUGUACAGUAUGUACUUUACUGUACUGACAUUACUGGAAAAAAGCUAUCUUAUUAUUCACUGGUUAUUAGUAAUUAUAGUGAUUGGACUGCUCACUUCAGAUCACUGUCUGAGAGCUAUAGUACUCAUAUUGUGGGAAAGCAGCUCAGGGGAAAAGACCAACUUGCCUGAAGUCGAGCCAUCUUUUCUCUUUUUUGUUAUUACCCUGCACCAAGCGGUAAAGAACUAAGUUUUCAUAAGACUAUGAUACUUUAUGCAAAGUUUACUGUUGUAGGCUUUGUUGCCAGAAUCACUCAACACUGACAAACAUGUGGCAACGUGAAUUAAUUUGAUAUAUAAUCUUAUGGGUUAGGCUCUGCCUUGGUGCACAAGUUGAGCAAGAAUUCAUUUCCAUUUGAUUUGUAGAUACAGCAAUAACAAAUUUAUAUUACAGUAAUAGAUCAGUUAAAUAGACUCAUAUCUAGGCAACUUUAUAUGAUAACUGAACAGCUGAAAUAAAGUAAUGACACAACUAUUUGGAAGAACAGAGAAUGUGGAAGCAAGGCAGGCAGCAACCAUGGAAAUAAACAAACAGUUGAUGUUUUGGGCAGAGAUCCUUCAUCAGGAUUUUUUUUUAAUCUGAAAGAAAUUGGGUUUAAAGUAGUGAAUGCAUUGGAUGGGAUCAUUCAGUAUUUCUUAGAUUCUGGGAAAGUCCCAGUAGAUCAGAAAAUGACAAAUAUAAUAUUGCUAUUCAUGAGAAGGAGAGAAAGCAGGGAGCUGUAGCCAGUUAACAGGGUCAAAUGAAUACAUGAAUACUGUAAAUCUGUCAAACAUGAUUUUCUUUAAAUCCUUUGAAGAUGUACAUAGCUGAAUGAAUAAAAGGGAACCAGAGGA